ACUUUGUUUUUGUUUUGAAUUUGUAAUUUAAGCAUAAGGUAGAAAGGUGGAAAGAUUGCAACACUACAUCAAACUACACGACUACAUGUACAUAAACCUCUGUAUGAGCUAUAUGGUUGGUUGCUCUGUCGAGUCAACUUUUCCGUGGUACGAUAUUAUGAAAAUUUUAAUCUGCAUUUGUUUAUUGAACUUUUGUUAAUUAAGUUAAAUUAAGUUGAAGAAUGCCGAAACGUUCAUGUCCUUUUGAAGACAAUUUACUACCCCAAUUAAAAAUACACGUAGGCCAGAAACAAAUAGACAACGGCGUCUGUCAAGAGGAACGAAUGAAGAAUGUUUAUGAUAAAACAAUGGAUUUAUUGAAAGAAGGUGUAAAAGUACUGUCGCGAAGAUUAAGUACUUCUAUAGAAUUGAAUUCUAUCGAUGUACCAUCAUCGAAAACUCCUUCGUGUAAAUCCAAAAAUGAACGAAUCUCAAAACAAAUGGUGUUGAAUAGUAAACUAGAAUUAUUAGGAGCGGAUAAAGCUAUAAAGGAUGUUGGACCAAAGUAUGAUCUUUGUGAAUGCAGUCGAGUGGUAGAUCAAAGCUUGUUCAGCAAAUGUUCCUAUUGUGAUCAAAUUUUAUGUAAUUCUUGCCUCUUUGAGUGUAUUAGUUGCUCAGAACUAUUUUGUCAAAACUGUUCCCUGCCUACAUAUGAUUACGAAGAACAAACUAAAUGCCUUAAUUGUUAUAAAUAGGGCUUAAAUAUAUAUAUAUUUUUUAUACUCAUUUUGUAAAUUACAUAUUUCUAUUCACAUUGGCUAAUAUAAAGGAUCUUAAAUUAAUUAAAAAAAUUAAUUAUAAUACAAUAUAUACAAUGUAGUAUUAAAUGUAUUAAAUGAAAGAA